AUGGCACCACAAGGCGUCGUUGCCAUCGCGCAGGCUUUCCUGGACGCGGCAAACAACAAAAACUGGGAGGAGGUACAAAAUCAUCUCCACCCGGACGCGACGGUGACCUAUAACAGAAACCAAGAGAGCAGAGAUGACUUCGUCAAACGGCUCACUGCAGCAGCCGAGAAGGGCGACCAGCUUACCGCAGACACCUGGACCGUUGACGAGGCCGCCCAGUCUCUUGGUGCCCGUCUGGUCAUCAGCAGCGUCAACAGCGCCGAAGGGGGAGCACCCUCUCAAGUCUGGGACCUGAUUCUUAUCUUCUUCAAAGACGGCAAGAUCUCCCGGUUCUACCAGGUCGCCUCACAGUUCAGCCGGGGCCAUGCUGGUCCCUGCGCGCCGGCGGUCACCUCCAAGCCGUCAGAGAACCCGCUGUCGGCGAGCGAGUUCCGCAAACUGUACCCGAAGUAUAUCCACACAGUUGACCACGGCGACAUUGCCACGGACAUGCCACAGUACUGGACCGAUCCUUCCUCGACGAACGGGCUCCCGCUGUCCAUGGAAAAGAACAUUGGAUUCCUGGUCAGCUUUGUUAAGCCUCUGAAAGCCGGCCUCGAACACAAGAUUGAGGAAGUAAUUAUCGAUGCAGAGAGGCAGCAGAUCGCCGCCCGGGUUGUCCUCGAGGGGGUGCCAGAGGACAAGAGGGUUCAAAUGAACGGCCCCGGAGAGAAGGCCAAGAUUUAUGAAACCGCACUGUAUGGCUACGAGGAGGGCAAGAUCGCUUGGAUUUGGACUGCGUGGGAUUUUCAUAUCGAGCUGCCGGCAGGGCCGCCAGGGAACGGCGGUGGUCAUUGA